CGCUCUGACUGAGACAAACUUAAAAAUGCAUUGUAUAAUGGCAAUAAUAGUUUCAAGUUUGAUAAUCAAAGUAAUUUCAAGUGAAACGACUAAGGACCCGGCCAGUUCUAAAGAUGUUCAACCUCCAGCAGGAUCGGCAAAAGACGUUUCUAAAUUAGACUCUGUUGGGUCCAAUCCAAUUUUAAAUUCGCUGUGGGUUUAUCAACCGGAAGCACAUCAAUCUCACGUACCUGGUGACGCUGGGACAAGGCGAGUAGUAAUGAAACCAGCUCAUUCUUUGACGAGAUUGGCUAAAACAUUGACACUGGGAUUUGAUCCCUAUUUCAGUAAGGGAUAUUUUGAACCCUUUGAAAGAAGGCCGAAACCAGUUACACUUGUCGCCUUCCGAAAAAAUGGCUUGUUACCUAGAACGAAAACUAAUACGGGAGACGGCAAGUCGGGAGAAGUAGCUGAACUUCAGUCGCCAUUCAACGAUAUCAGCAACUUUUGGGUGGACGAUUAAUAAAUGACCUCGAA